AUGCUGUACCAAACCGUGCUGCUACUGCUGCUGGCCUUGUGGCUGGGCGGGACCCAGGCCAAUGAGGAGGUGGUCGCCGCCAGCUCGUCCUCGGAGUGCUGCAGCUCGUGCAUCGGCAAGACGGCCUCCGUCCCGUACAACUACGACCCCGUCGUCUUCACUCAGUGCACGGCCGUGUCGGGCGGCGUGUGCUGCUUCGACUGCGGCGAGAUCGGCGACCCGCAGUACGGGGACACGGUCUCGUACGGAUCCGACGGCGUCACUGCCGUGGUCAAGGCCGGAACGUACGUCUCCUUCACAUGGAGCAACGUCGUCAAUGUAACGUACAUCUCGCUCAAGACUGGGCAGAAGAAGACGCAAACCCCCAAGAUUUCGGACGCAGCGGCGACCGAGAAGUCCAGCACCUUCCUCAUCUGCGCCAAGGCGGCGGGCACCAUCUACUUCCGAGGGUGGGGCAGCGACUCCUGUCGAGAGGCGUCCCAGGAGUACAAUGUGACUGUCGAGGCUGGAGACUCCAGCGCUACCACCUGCGAUGCCAACGACGUGAAGGUACCCACAGCGUCGAGUUCUGGGGGGUCUGGCAGCUCAGGCGACGCCAAGGCUGGAUCGGGUCCGAAGGACGAGACGGUGGACACUUGCAACGCCCAGCGAGCGAGUGUGCAGACUGUGGACGGCGUGCGGACUUGCGUGUGCGUGUCCGACUGGACUAACCCGCCCGAGUGCGACCGGUGGCCGACGUGGAAGUGGCUCGUGACGAUCGGAGGAGCGUUGGCGACGGUGUGCUCCAUUAUCAUGUCCGUGCGCGCGUUCCUCCAGAGCCGCAAGAAGAAGCAGGAGGAGGCGGACCACCUCGACAACUUGAACCAGAAGAAGUACGAGGAAGAAUACCCGAGGAACAAUGACGACGAGUACCGAGAGAAUCUGGCGCCCAUGGGAACCAAGAGCGACGUCGACCCCGCGGAUUUAACACCCGCUGCUGAAUACCAGAAGCACGACCCGGAGCACAAUGCAAAUGCGAGCGCGCUUGCAAUCGCCAUCAUAGCUGUUGACGGCAACAACGUUGCCACUGCUGAAUUCACAGUCGACCCUGAACUGGAAGACGCGGAGGCGUCGGACCGCAGUGACGAAGCCGUCGACUCGCCCGAACUGGUAGAUGAGUCGCCAACAUCCGCCAUGGAAUUCGACGAACCCGACAACGAACUUCCGAGCGUAGCACCGGCCGUCGACGAGCUGCCCGCCAACUGUGGAGUAGAGGACGAUGACGCGUCCGCACCAUUAGUCGACGAGCUCGAGUUGGUGUUCGGAGCCGUCGUUGCGCCGUUAGGGGAGGACCCCGAGGUGGUAUUACCAGCAGAUCCCGAGGUCGUACUUGAACCAGUCGCGGCGGUUGAUCCCGAAGCAGCCGUCGAUGCAACGCCAGUGGCUGAACCAGCGCUUGACGCCAAGGCGGAACCGGUGGUGGACGAUCCUGGGCACACCAUGGUCUCGCCACUGCACAUUGCUCCGGUAGAGCAGUCGCUCAGCGUGUACUGGCAGCUCGUCGAGCACAGCUGCGCAGUGACCGAGGUGUCCGUGGUGCAGGAGCAGCUCUGGCCGCACUCCGACAUGCUGUUGGCAUCUCCGACGCGGUUGCACAGCGUGUUGCAGUCUUCAGAGGUGGAAGCCCCUCCCGUCGAAGUGCAGAUGCGGCGAGCGCAGUUGCCUUGUGUCGACUGGAGGAAACGCGCCGUGGAGCUCUCGACAGGGACAGUCGCAAGCAGCAGGCUCAGGACGACAGAAAAGGUGCGGACCAUUGUAGCCAAGUGGAAAAGCUUGCGACCCUCCCGCAAGGCCAAACGAACGGACGUGGACUACGCCGUUCUGUCCUCGGGCCAACAGAUCCCCGAGUAUUCCACCGAGGAGGAGGACGACUCGGCGGACGAAAGUUACGGCUCGACCUACAAGAAGAAGCGCCGCAAACAGUCGACCCAGUGCUUUAUCUGCCACCGACCGCCGCGCACCUACCGAAACACCAUGCUGCAAUGCGACAGCUGUUCCAGGCUGUACCACGCAGCCUGUGGCAAGCCGUUCCAGUCAGCUUCUAUCCUGGGCAACACGAGUUGCUACGAGUGUCUCCAGGAGGCCAAGGUGGACUCGUUGAGUGCUCUUCCUCGCAAGACGCUGGACUCCAUCGCGGACUUUGUCAAGGUGCUCAAGAAGGCCAAGAAGAUCGUCGUCAUCGCCGGGGCAGGCAUCAGCGUCUCCUGCGGUAUCCCGGACUUCCGCUCCAAAGACGGAAUCUACGCCAUGGCUCGCAAAAUGGACGUCGUGCUGCCCGAGCCCGAGUGUCUGUUCCAGAUCGACUACUUCCGAGACGACCCGGCCCCUUUCUUCGAGGUGGUGCGCAGCGCCUUCUCCAACUCACCGAAGCCGUCGCCCACCCACUGGUUCUUAAAGCUGCUGCAGGACAAGAAGAAGUUGCUGCGAGUGUACACGCAGAAUAUUGACGGACUGGAGGAAGCGGCCGGAGUCACGAGGAGUAUCCCGUGCCACGGCAGCUUUGCCUAUUCGGCGUGCAUGCGCUGCAAGAAGCGCGUGCCCACGAGCACGUUGAUGCCUGUUAUCCAGGCAGGCAUCAUCCCGACGUGCUCCGAGCCGAACUGUCGCGGCGUGCUGAAGCCUGAAAUUACGUUUUUUGGGGAAAUUCUGGACGAUAAAGUGAGCACAACCAUCACCAAGGACCGCUUGAAGGCCGACCUGCUUCUCGUUAUGGGCACGUCGCUCAAGGUCGCGCCUGUGAUGGAGAUCCCGGGCUAUCUGCCUGCCCACAUCCCCCAAGUGGUGAUCAACAAGACGGCGCUCAAGAAGAAAAAGUUGAAAUCGAAAAAAAUCUCGGCUGGGAAAAUCAACCGGGUAAGUAGUAAUAAGACGGACGAGGACUCGGCGUCGGAUGAAGAGGAGUUCGAUAUGUCGCUCUUGGGGGAUUGCGACGACAUCAUCCGGUACAUUUGCGCCCAAGCGGGGUGGAAGCUGGACCCGGAGGCGGUUAACGCGGCGAAGAACAAACCCAUGGUGCAUACCAGUCAGAUCAUUUCGCACAAGGACGCGAUUGGCAAGCAGGUUUAUUGCUUUGGUGAGUGUCAGUGCAAGAACAAACUGGCUGCUGGUAUGAACGACGACGAUGACGAAGUCGAAGGAGAAGAACAAGAAGAAGAAGAGGGGGAGGAGGUGGAGCUUGGCGACGAGAUUGUCUGCAAUCGUUGCGAGGAGAGGAUUGAUCCCGAUGCGGAGCCUGGUACGGGCGUCAAGACUGUUCACUACCGCUGCAACGACUGCUUUGACUACGAUUUGUGUGGAGAUUGCUACCCCAAGAGGCGAUACAAGCACAAGGGGGGCAAACAUCGGUUCACGCAGUGCUUAUAG